UGCUGGACGGUUUAGUGAUUGAUGAACUUCCUGCAGUUAGAGAUAUGUGUGCCCUCCUCGCGCUGCUGGAGUGAGGUGGGGGAAGCUGCUGACUGCGCUGCGGAGGCUCAGCUGCGGGACUCCAGUUGCGCUCUGAGGCACAAAGGCAGCAGCAGCAUCCCACGGACAGACUAGCUGGACCACCGCUGCUCCUCACCCCCUCUCUGUGGUGUCCCGGGUGCUGAGGCGGAUGACCACCCGCACGGUGGACAAGCGACUCAGGACGCGCUGGUUUGAAGUGAACGAAACUGAGCAGAAGACUGACUGGACACUUUCAUUUGAGGGUUUGAGCGGAUUUCUGUUCGCAUGAGUCGGACUGGAUCUGUACUCUUCAGCGGAACUCGCUGCUUCUACUCAAUGGAGUUUUCUACAGUGGGAAUAUCGUAGGAAUUAAACUUCUAAGUCGCAUUUUGUUCCCAAAAUUCCUCUCUGACUAGAGGUUUGCUUUCACGCGCACAACAAAACGAUGAUCCUCGCUGCGCUCUACGUCCUUCUGCCUCUUUUAGAUGCGCUGUGUAGCGCGGAGGAGAAGCAGCGCACCGGGGCCACCCGGCUGGACUGUGUCAGGGCCAGUGAGCAGUGUCUGCGGGAGCAGGCGUGCAGCACCAAGUAUCGCACCAUGAGGCAGUGCGUGGCCGGCGGGAAAGAGAGCAACUUCAGCAUCGUGGCCGGCCUGGAAGCCAAGGACGAGUGCCGGAGCGCGAUGGAGGCGCUGAAGCAGAGCCCGCUGUACAACUGCAGGUGUAAACGGGGCAUGAAGAAGGAGAAGAACUGCCUGCGCAUCUACUGGGGGAUCUACCAGACUUUACAAGGUAACGACUUCCUGGAGGACUCUCCGUACGAAGCGGUGAACAGCCGACUGUCGGACAUCUUCCGCCUGGCUCCCAUCAUCGAGGGCGGGGAGCCGUGGAACGGCUCUGCCCCGUCGGCUCCAGACAGGGGGGCUUCAGAGGGCAGGGUGUCCCAGGGCCGAGAGCCCAUUCUGGGUCGAGGGAGCCCCCCCUCUACAGAUCUCCAGGAUCCCAGUAGAAACAGGAGAGCUCAUCCCAAUUGGGCCAUACUGGGUAAUGUUUUUGUGAAUGUGUUUGUGCAUGAAUGUUGAGAUGUGGAUCUGUCUGAAGAGGUAAACCAUAAAAACCCAUGUCAGGUCUUCUGACUAGUGUAAACCAGAAAGGGUUUGAUGGUUUUACGAGUUCACACAGAAACAGUGAUCGGUUUGGGUCUGUUUGGACUGAAGUUUGAUCCAUUUAGUCCUGGCUUGUGUUUACUCCUGAACUUUUCAUUUUUAAAGCUAUAAUCAUUUUUUCCAAACAGAUGAAUUCAUCAUCACUAAAACUAAAACAUUUUUGGUGACCAUUUGAAAACAGAAAAAUUGCAGGAAAAUACACAAACCACAAAAGUAAUUUUGUGCGAUAGAGCGGCAUAUUUUUUAGUUGCAGGUCAGUCACACGGCAUCUUUAUUUCUUAGCAAGUUCUUCCUAUUUUGUCUCCGUUUUGUUUACUCUAAAUGUCAGAUUCUUGUCUUUUUGUCUCCGGUCGGUCGUCCCGUGGUCCACGUGACUCAACCAGACUCAACCAGACUCAACCAGCGUGGCAUGCUGGGAAAUCUCCCAUCCAGUUUGUAAUCAGUGUGCUGAGUCGUAAACGCUAGCUAGCACGUAUCUUAUCUAAACUUUAGGUUACUAUCAAAUGUGAUACAACUGGUCACUUGUUGUUUUGCUCUGAGGGCUGCAC